AUGACCCUCUGUCCUCCUUCUAUUGCCAAUGCUUCCUCACACCUUGUCUUCACUUCUCCCACUGCAGGUCAAGCUAUAUAUCCCCAUUCUUUUACUGCCACAACAACAACUUCCUCUUUGGAUGCUAAUAUAUACACGAAGAUGCGUGAAUUCUCCAUCGUUGAUGGUUUUGUUGAGAUAAGUGAAUGCAUAGCAGAGAUGACCAAGUACGUGGGUAAUGAACCAUCUGUUGGGCUUUUCUUUAUCCAACAGCAUGCCCAAAACGCAGUGCCCAAUGUCAUCGAAGUUAAGAAAAAUGUUGCCGAGAAGUCUCAUGAAACAGCUUUGCACACAGAAGAUUUGGAGGACUCUGUCGCAGUGGUUCGAUCAAUGAAAGAGCACGGGUUUCCCAUAGCUGAUAAGAUGGUUGGAGAGAUUAAAAAAUCUCUUAAAACUAUGGCAACAAAACAGCCGAAAAGAGGGUUGAUUAGUCCAUUAUCACGUUCUUAUUCUGAAAGAGCUAGUUUUUAUGCUGAGAAGGGCAACGAAAAAAAGAGUAACUAUGUUUCAAAUGUUUUGAAGUCAGCGAAACAGAAGGCUAGCAGCUUCAAGUGGCGACAGCUUGAUACUCGGGGGUCGAUAGAUUCCAUGGAUGAAAAGCAACAGAUGUACCCUAAUUUGCCAUUGUCAGUCUCAUCUAAAAGCAUUACUUCAUCUUUUUGGGCUGCCGAAACUGAUGAGUUGCCUGUAGCAAGCCAAGUUGAAGAUGAGUCUCUACAUGAACAACCUGAUGUUAGUGAUGUUAGCAUUAAUUUAUUGUCAGUAUCAUCAGAUAGAUAUGAUGACUUCAAAGCUAGUAAAGUAGCUAAACUAGAGAAGUGGCUGGAUGGAGCUGGCAACCUUGAUGAUAAUUGCGGUACAGGUGAUGAAAAAAGCUUGGCUACACUUCAAUAA